AUGAGUGACGGCUCCGGGAACAUUUUACGAGAAACUGAGCUCAAAACAGCCUGGGACUCGUUAUACGACAACAGCGAUCACCUCCUCUUCUGCUCACGCAAUACCAGCGUGGAUCUACUACCCUUGCAUCCGAGUCAGAUCCACAUCUUCAAGAUUUGGCAGAUUUAUCUCGAGCGCUUUGAUCCAAUGCUCAAAGUCACACAUGCGCCCACGCUUCAGGCCCGGAUAAUCGACGCUGCGAGCGACCUUACCAAAAUCGAUCCGGCCUUUGAGGCACUCAUGUUCAGCAUAUACUGCGUCUCCAUCUUUAGCUUGGGGGUUCAAGAAUGUGAAAAAUUGUUCGGUGCAUCGAGGGAAGACCUUCUGUCUGGCUAUCAAUUGGGUGCACGUGAAGCACUGUUGAACUGCAGAUUCAUGAGGACAGGAGAUCGCGAAGUUUUGACCGCCUUGCACUUCUAUCUUAUGACUGUCAAGCCGCUUACAGACCCACGCGCUCUAUCCUCCAUGCUCGGUAUCGCAACACGCAUCGCACAGCGCAUGGGUCUUCAUGACGAAAGUGCCAAUAGAAAGCAUCCGGCUCUCGAAGCUGAGUUGCGGCGGCGUCUGUGGUGGUCACUCGUCUUGUUCGAUGCGCGGAUCUCCGAAAUGACUGACUUCAGACUUGGACUCUUGCUGCCAACGUGGGACUGCAAGCUUCCACUAAACGCCAACGACUUUGACUUCCGUCCGGAGAUGAAUUUGCCGCCGGAGGUACAUGGUGUAAAGUCUGAAGCAAUCUUUGCUGUAGUGCGUGCAGAGUUUGGUGACUUUACACGCCACUGCGCAUCUCACCUGGACUUCAUCAAUCCUGCGCUCAAGCCUAUCGCGAGGAGCCGUCAAACAACAUCUGCCGACGAUGAGUUCACAAUGUUCGAACAGAUGAUCGAAGAGAAGUAUCUGCGUUUUUGUGAUCCUCAAAACCCGCUUCAGUACAUGACGCUCUGGUGGGCUCGUGGACAGCACGCCAAGACACGCUUCAUCAAGUACCUAGCUGAGAGCUCCAUGUCACCAAAAACUAGGACGGAUACAGAACUCGACGCAGGUAUCUCUUGCGCCCUCUCCAUGCUUCAAUGCGACACAAAAAUCAUGUCAGCUGAGUUCGGCAAGAAGUUCCGCUGGCUGAACUUUCUCAACUUCCCCUUCCCAGCCUACGUCCAUAUUGUUUACGAUCUCCGCAAGCGGCCUGACAGCGACCACGCACCACUAGCUUGGGAUAUUAUGAGCGAAAACUGCGCAGCUCGCUUUGCCGACCUGGACGACAGCGACAGACUCAUGAACAAGCGAGGCAACCCAUUCUUCAAGAUCUUCGCUGGUGUCGUCUUUCAAGCCUGGACCGCCCGUGAAGCUGCCAUGGCACAGACUUGUACAGGUCCUGUUGAGCCACCUGCGAUUGUCACGCAGAUCAAGACGCGUAUUACGCAAAUAGAAACUUGGGCGCGCGAGGAAGGCACGCAGGAUGAUGUUGGUGAGAGUUUAGCAGGUGAUGCGAAUGCGUUGCUAGGAACAGGCACAACAGCGUCGUAUCAAGACUUUGUUAAUGUGGAUCCGGAAGUGUGGCCGGCGUUCCAGGAGCAGGCUUCCAUGGGGAUGAAUUGGGCCUGGCCGACACCACACUAUCAGGGCAUGACAGAGUAUCUUUGGUAG